GUUUCUUUCGAAAAGCCUGGCUUGACUUUUGCUGCUCGAACCGAUUUUACUCUUCAUCAAAUCUGAUAUUCUCAUCGGGUAGUACUUCCGAGUAAUUGCAGGAAAUGGCAACUCCUCUCCACGGCAAGGUCGCCAUUAUCACAGGCGGAUCCCGCGGCAUUGGCAGGGCCAUUGCUCUCGAAUUAGCAACUCGUGGUGCAAACGUCCUUAUCACAUAUGCGAGCGCACGGUCGGCGGCGGACGAGGUUGGCCAGGAGGUAGAGGCUCUCGGUGUGGAGUUUCUGGCGGUCGCGGCAGCCGGAUCGGAUCCUGGUGCUCCAAAGGCCAUCGUCGACGCAGCAGUCAAGAAAUGGAACGUCAUAGACAUCAUUGUCAACAGCGCGGCUACUGGAGGAAAUUUCGGGCUUCUCGAAACUACCGAAGACAUUUUUAUGGAGCAGGUUACUGUCAACCUGCGCUUUCCCCUAUUCCUCAUCAAAGCGGCUGUUCCGCAUUUCGGGGUAGCGCCUAGGAUCGUCAAUAUGUCCAGCAUCUACGCAAGAAGUGGCCAUGCUGAUGUUCUUGUUUACUCGGCUUGUAAAGGGGCGAUGGAGUCUGCAACGCGCUGUCUUGCAAGAGAGUUGGGUCACAAAUAUCAUGCUACCGUCAAUUGCAUCAAUCCUGGCCCUGUCAACACGGAUUUAUGGGCGAAGACUAUAGCGGACCCCGAGGCUAAAGAGUUCUGGGACGCUCCGGUCAGAGAAACUCCAGCUGCUCCUCGUGUUGCGGAACCGCAUGAUGUGGCCCACGUUGUAGCGUUUCUAUGUGAGGAGCGUACUAAAUGGACUACGGGCAGUGUUGUGAACGUGAAUGGAGGGAUGCUGUUUGUAUAG